AUGAAUUCUGUUCUCGAUUCUUCGGAGGAGAAAACAAAUGGUACAAAACUUUUACGACUGGCAAUCGAUGGAGGCACAACCGUUCUGAGAAACUAUUUAACGCGAUCCAUCAUUCCUUCAACACUGCAAGACUUGCUCCUCAAACACAAAAGAAAGCUUGACUUCCUGAAAUCAGUUAAGAAGAUAAUUACCAAUAAUCAGUGGAAUCAGUUAUUUCCUUCUACAGGCGUUCCACCAAACCCUCAAACAUUUGACAUAACUCUCUUGCAUCUGUUAUUACGGGAAGUUUGUGGUUUGACUGCACCAGCAGAUGGAUGGCACAAAAUGCCUUCAGAAACUGAUCUCAGUGUUGAAGCUAACAUCGUCCGGAUUAAGAACUUUCGAAAUGAGCUGUGUCAUGGAAUAUCCACCAGUGUUCCUAAUGACAAAUUCCAAGACAAACUGCACAUGAUUUCCCAAUCACUGGUGGCCUUGGGACUCGAUCAAAAGGAAGUGGAUCGCCUUGCAACUGAACCUAUUGAUCAUGACACUGAACGUCGAGUAAACGAGGAAGUCGAGAAGUGGAAAAUAGAAAUUGGACCACGGGUGAACAAGCUAGAGAAUGACUAUCAGAUGAUAAAAGGGGACAUUUCUGCCAUUCAAGCUUCUAUUUCAGGGCAAGCCACAAGUAACCUUUCAAACUGUCUUCCGGAUAAAAAUAAUGUCGUUGGCCGGUCCCAAGAGUUGGAAGAAAUCACCGAUGCAAUUCGAACUGAAAGUGCAGCUGCAGUUCUUGUUACUGGGGGACCCGGGUUUGGUAAAACAGCUGUAGCAAUUGAAGUGGGUCACGAAUUAGUAUCCAAUGAGAAUGAAGAGAGGACAGUUUUGUUUUGUUCACUCAGAUCUAAAGCAGCCAUUGCUGAAGUAGCUACCUCGAUGAUCCUUCCGUGCAGUGCAAACCUCUCUCAACCAUCAGAACAUCCCCAACAUUGGCUCCGAAAUUGGAGCAAACAACAGCAAAAGAAAGUUUCUUUCAUUCUGGACAAUGCAGAUGAUGUUCUCGAAUCUGGUGAUCGAACUGCAUUUGUAACCAUUUUAAAGGACAUGAGAACUCUAUCAAACCCUAAGAUCACAUUUGUUAUCACGAGUCGAAAACUAUUUCAAUUAGACCCCAAUUUGCGAAUGGAAUGUGUGAGAUUGAGAACAUUAUCCCGUGAGCACGCACAGGAACUCCUCUUGUCCAAAGUCCUUAAUCCAGAUGUGAAACAGGGGCUCUCCAAGACAGAUAAAUUGGUUCAACUUUGUGGUUGUGUACCCCUAGCUUUAUGCAUCAUUGGUUCGUUGCUUUUAGACUAUCCUGAAGAUCAGCUCAUUGAACGCCUUGAGGAAAAGCCAUUGGAUGUCCUCAAAAUGGAUGAAAGUGAUGAAAAUUCUGUUGAAAAAGCAAUUUACACUUCUUUCAACUUUUUGAGAGAACAUGAACAAAAGGCUCUGGUACUUCUGUCAGUUUUUCCAGGUUCAUUCAGUAAUAUUGCUGCCCAAGCUGUUAUUAAGGCAGUUGAUUGUCAAGGAGAUCCUGGAUCAAUUCUCCGUUCCUUGAAAAACCGCUCUCUUAUUGAGAUACCAGCCCCAUACAGAUAUCAAAUCCAUCAAUUUAUUCAAACAUUUGCAAAGAAGAUUGAUGAAGCCUUACAGCUGCAGGGGGAAAAAGCGGCCUGCAUCCACUUUAUUUCCCACCUAGUGGACAUUGCCACGUGCUACUGGAGCAAGGACAAGUGCCAAGAGGCAAUUCACUCUUUUAACACAAACAGGCACAACUUUGAGUACUUCUUUCAGUUCUUCAUCAAAGGACAAGAAAAACAAGAUUCUCAACUGAAGAAAACUAUGGAAAACUUAGUGGAGAAGAUUUCCCAGACAUGCACAUUUUUAGAAAUGUGUAUUCUACCAAGUGAUUAUUUGAGGCACCUUAUAGAGCUUGAUCAGCUUUUGAUGUCUUACCAACAGCCUGUCACUAAAAGAGUGGAACUUCUCUGCCUCCUAGGGCAUGAGUAUAGGAAAAUCGGUAAUCAAGAUAAAUACAAGAAGUUGAUUGAAAAGGCUGCAGACCUACACUCAGAACACUCUGAAGAAUUUGACAAUGAGAAGGUGUCAGAGGCUUUCUUUUGCAAUAAUUAUGCACGGUUCCUCUCUGAUGUGAAAAACUGUUCCAAAGCUGAAGAACAAUUCAUUAAAAGUUUGGAGGUGUGUGAACAAUACAAACCAAUGGAUUUUGUACAGAAAGGCAUAAGUUUGCUUUAUGCUGGACGAAAUGACAACAGACAAAAUAAACGUGACCAGGCAGAGGCAAAGUUCAAUGCGUCAUUAAAGAUUUUUCAGGAAAAUCUUGGCUGUCACGUUACGACUGCUCUACUUCUGAAGGAAAUUGCAGAUUUUCACCUCUUCCAUGGUGAGAAGAGUCUAGGAUCAGCUACUGACCAAUGCAAAUCAAUCAAACUUUAUAAACAAGCUCUGGAAAUGAUGGAAAGUGUUGGUAUUAAAGAGCAGAAAGAAUGCAUUCUGCUACUCGCCAACUUAGGAGUGUGUUAUCAAUUACAAGGUGAGAUGGAAGGUGCAAAAAAUUCAUUUCAAGCAUCUUUAAGAAUUGCUGAACAAGAACUAACUGAGAAUCAUAGGUGGAAGAUCUAUGCAAUGACUCAAAUGGCCUUUUGGUAUAAAAAAAAUGGAAACUCAGAGAAAGCAGAAGAGUGGAAACAAAAGGCAUUGACAAUGAGAGACAUACUUCAACUGCCAGAUCAUCAACCACCAAACAAAUUUUUGCUAGACAAAAUUUGAAAUUUCAGCAGGUCACAGGCAAGCCAAUUCUAAGUGCUCAUUUAUUUGUGAAAGAAAAAUGCAGGUGGGACCAGGUGAGACCAGGAUUCAGAGAGGUGAUGAGUCCUCUUCCACUUUUUAAUUCAGCAAAUCAUUACCACUAACCAAGAGCCAGAAGCCAUAAAAGUCAAAAUUAUAGUGUCUGAGGAAACCCAAAAAGUUUUGCUCCUUGGUUUACUAUUUUUAAUUCUUUGCUGUGGAAAUGGUACUAAUUGGUUUCAAUCUAACCCAAACAUUAUUAAGGUGGCUCUGAAAAUUUACUAAUAACUGAUAUUUUAAAACCUUGCAGAAAGACAGAAAGAAGUUUUUAAUUAUUAUGAUGAUCACAAUGAAAUUGAGUGAUAAAAGAAAUUAGGAGUCAGCUGACUUGUACUUGCCUACUGGCACAUUAAGCUAAAAUUAAGUGUGUUCUUUAGAAGCUGUGUCAGUGGUACAGGGGUAUAUGAAAUAUUUCAUGAAAUAUUGAUCAAACCCUGUUGAACAGUGAUUGAGCAUUCCUCUUUAAGGAAACAAAGAAAAUUUUGGUACAGUCAAACCUCAAUUAUUCAGACCUCAAUUAUGCAGAUUUUUUAAUUAUCAGGGCUCACUUCUCUGGUCCCUUAUUUUAAUGAAUAUCAAUUAGUCACAUUCAAGAUCCUUAACAACUUUUUCCUAUGAAACAUCUACCUAACCAUUAAUGCAGCUUCAAAGAAUGAUAGAAUUAUCAAUGACCACAAGCUGAGGCAGCUUGAAACAAACUGAUUUACAUCAGCACUUUAGGGUGUCAAAAAAUUGUUUUUGUUAAAAAUGGUUAACUGUAAAUACUUUGUGAAAUUUUGGCAAUGAUGCACAAUGAUUAGGGAAUCUACUUUAAUUCUUGCUUAAUAUUGAUUAAGUGAUACCUAUUCAGCCUUAUAUUGGCUCAUUAAUAGUGACUGCCACAUUUUUUAUUAUCCAGACUUCAUGUAUUCAGCCCAGUCCUGGGAGUUCUGAUAAUCGAGAGUUGACAGUGGCAUCAAUUGAUUAAAUACAAAUCAUCACUGAUAAAGUAACCCAAGACAAUUCUCAGUUUCUUCCAGUACCACACUAAGGACUUCAUAACUAAUGUUUAAUUUACAUAGAGAUGAGCUUUAGGAAACUAAUAGACCUUAAGGGGAACAGAAAUGGCACAGUGGUGAGAGCACUUGCCUUCCACCACUGUGGCCUGGGUUUUAUUCCCAAACCACAUUCACCUCAUGUGGGUUUAGGUUGUUAUUGGUUCUCAUCUCUACUCCAAGAGUUUUUCUCCAGGCCCUCAGGGUUUCCUCCCUCCACAAAAACCAACAUUCCAAAUUCCAAUUUGAAUGGGAAACAGUCAAACCAACAGAUAGCCAACAAACACCAGUGUCAAGACAAGUCAUUAAAGAAAGAAGAGAGUUAUUGAGUGCACAGUUAAAAGGACACAAGAGUGAGAGACUGAAGAGGAAACUUCCUCUAGAGUCACAGCUUAGUAUAUCACAGGAAGAAGUUCAAAUCAAACAACAAAUGCUUCAGAGGAUGGACACUAUGGACAAAGCCUACUCCAACUCUAUGGAAAAGCUUACAUCAAGCAUGGAGAAGCUUACAGGAUCUAUUUCAGAUGGAUUUACCUUACUACAACGCAUGAUGUGCCAACCACUCAAUAACAUGAACAUGAAUCCUCAAUUUAUGAUGCCAUCUCACCAUCCACAAAUGUACCCAAGAGCACAAACAUCAGUUCAAAGCACAGAGAGCAGAUCUCACCACAAUGGACAGUUUUCAUAUACACAAGCUCUUUAUUCAGAUAAUGACACAACAUUUUAGUUGGUUGAUUAAAAGUGUAUUGGGGGCAUAUUGUUUUCAAAUUUCAGUAGAUGACAAUUCUAGUUUAUGAUGCUCAGGGUGCAGGUUGCUAUGGGUGCCCAAAGAAGAUUAUUGAACAAUUUUGCUCCAAAACACUUAAGUGUAUUACUAACAUUCACAUAUUAAGGGAACAAUUUAUUGUUGCAGUUAACCCAUAGUAAAAGUUCAUAUGUUCUUUUUAUUACGAAAUGUGCUGACAUGACAAGUUACAAUUUCAUAGAUUUCAGAGUUUCCCAAACAUUUUUGCAACUUAAAAAAUGCACUAAAAAUAUAAAGCUGUAGAAGUGUUAUAUGUUGCUAAUAACUUCUUAUUCUGAUAGUUUGUAUGAGGUCCUUUUUUAGACCAAUAAUAAACUAUUUGACCUAUGUAUCUUUCAAAACAAGUCUUCUUGAUUGA